UUCCGCAGCUCUAAAUUCUACAGAGUACAGAGUGAGAUCGCGGCCCUUAGGUGUAAGGUGUUUGUACAUAAACACACCUUCCAUAAUCCAUCGGGUGCUUAUCAACAAAUUGUAAAGAAAAUUAGAAGCCGAGACUGACGUACUUAUCAUAGGCUUCAAGUCAAAUAUGUGAAACGUUUUCCAAGUAACUGCACAGCAGAAAGAAAACAAGCUGCCACGGCUCCAAAAUGAAGACGUGUCCAUCAAAGAUGUUUCGGCUGACGUGUCUAGCCCUGCUUCUAGUCAAUUUGUUUGCUCUUGGUUUUGGCAUCGAUGCCAAGGCCUUUGACGAUAAUGUCCUCUUCAAAUUCAACUGGCCCGGCUCUAGUGGUGCCGACCUACUUGAGUCCCAAGCAAACGCAGAACUGUACACCAUAACAUCGCCAAACAAGGAAAAGUAUCAAUGCUUGAUACCUAAUCUUACGGACAAGGAAAUUGCUAGUGAUCAAGCGUACACUGGAAAAAAUCCAAUAGAACUCCUGUCUGUGAUGUUUGGACCUAGUGGUUGCUCUUAUAAGCUGGAUUCAUACUGGACGUAUGAGCUUUGCCAUGGAAGACACGUCAUCCAGUAUCACGAAGAAAGGGAUGUGAAAAAUGUUGAAAAACAAAAAUAUGAACUUGGUGCAAUCAACCCGAUUCGAUUAAAGGCUCUAUCAGCCAUGUACGAUGAAUUGGCAAGCGAUCCAAACAGGAAAGCCAAAAUUCCUUCCAGAAAAAUCGAUGGAGUCAACAUGACCUACGUUGAGAUGGAAAUGAUAGGUGGAACGGUUUGUGAUAUUAACAGUAAGCCAAGGUCCGUCAAAGUUAUUUACGUAUGUCAUCAGCACGAAAAAAUUGAAGUCCAUUCCAUAAAGGAGGUGGCAUCGUGUGAAUACGAAGCCAUUGUUAAAACACCGUGGCUGUGCGAGCACCCAGAUUACAGGCCGCAAGAUACCAAGGAAAAUAAAAUAAUUUGUAAGCCCUUAGGUAACGCUCCGAGAAAGCCAAGAGCAUUGAUGGCACUGGAAGCUGAGAGAACGAAAAUGAAAUACCAGAAAGUUUCGGAAUCGAAGCGACAAAAAGUUAUGGCCAUCUACCAUAUAGAUAAGGAUGGUCAGGAUGGGCACUCUCAGCUGAGAAUCGAAAUUCAUCCUGUUGACGUGACUGGCCGACCUUUUUCUGCGGAAAAUUCGUUGAGCUACAUUAACCAUGGGAGUAACGUGUUGAAAAGUAACACCUUGGAAAAUUUCCUGAAUGGUGAUAAUUGCUUACAAGGAGGAAGAGGGUGGUGGAGAUUUGAAUUCUGUUACGGGCGUUCGGUUACCCAGUACCACGUCGAGUCUGAUGGCACGAAGAUUAUUAUAAAUCUAGGUGAAUUCGAUAAAGAUAAACACAAGAAAUGGAUCGAAGCUAAUCCAGAGAAAAAACCAAAACCUGCGGAACAGAGGAAACACGUGUCGCAUUUGUACAGUCAAGGAUCGAUGUGCGAUGAAACCAAAAAGCCACGACAAACUGAGGUAAAAUUGAAAUGCGUGAAAAAUCGAAUCGGCAGUCCGUACAGCGUAUCGAUGUACUUGGAAGAACACAAGACUUGUGAAUACGAACUGGAGGUCGAAUCACGGCUACUUUGCGACAUCUUGGAAUACGCGGACGAUACGUACGGCAUAAUCAAUAACGAAAAGGGUCUUAUUAACGUGGACAAAUUAACGUCGAAUUUGCGCGUCAAGGAAGACGGGGACAAGAUAGCUCGAGACGGAGACGCAUUGUAACUUUUGAACCGGCGUGUAAAUACAUAAAGAGCGUUUUUCUACUACUGAAAAUUUUUACGAAGUCGCACGAUAAUUUAGGAUGAAAACGUACUAUACCCAAACGAGCGUGGCUGUUGUAAAUAUAACACUAAUUUUUUCACGAGUUUAUUAGUGUGUGCAUUGUGACGUUUGAACUUGAAACUUCCGAGUUUUAAAUACUUGUUCCCAAAGUUUAGAUAAAGACGUUGUUGUAAGAGAAUGGCAAAAUAAAAUAUUUAA